UGUUUCGUAAAUGAAGAUAACAUUUAUGUGCUUAACCCACUUGUCCAGAUUUCCUAACCGGACUCCACUUUAAAAUCGCACCGCACUCACUUCCUCACUUCCUCACUCCCCCUAAACCAUUCUCACCCCCUCUUUCUCUUUUUCAACAAUUCUCAACUGUUUAAUCAUUUACUUCUCAAUGGCUUCCAACAAUCACCACCACCCUAACGGCUCUCACCCCACUCCCAAAAAACCUAAACUCUCCUCCUCCGCCAUAACCGUUUCCGAAAUUGAAUCCGAAUUCUCCCACCACGACACCGCGGUUGCUCGCAUCAACAACGGCAGUUUCGGCUCCUGUCCCUCCUCUGUCAUCUCCGCUCAACACAAAUGGCAGCUCGAGUACCUCCGUCAUCCUGAUCACUUCUACUUCAACCACCUCAAACCUGCAAUCGACAAUUCGCGUUCGAUUAUCAAAGACUUAGUCAACGCGGAACAUCUUGACGAAAUCUCUAUUGUUGAUAACGCCACCACUGCUGCUGCUAUUGUUCUUCAGCACACUGCAUGGUGUUUUCGCGAAGGGAAGUUCGAGAAAGGUGACAUUGUUGUUAUGCUUCAUUAUGCUUAUGGCUCUGUUAAGAAAUCAAUGGAGGCCUAUGUUACUCGUGCUGGCGGAAAGGUGAUUGAAGUUCAGCUUCCAUUUCCGGUCUCUUCUAAGGAACAGAUUGUUACUGAGUUUAGAAAGGCUUUGGAAAUGGGAAUAACUGACGGCAAAAAGGUAAGGUUAGCUGUGAUUGAUCAUGUGACUUCUAUGCCUUGUGUUGUGAUUCCUGUUAAGGAGUUGAUUCAGAUUUGCAGAGAGGAAGGUGUUGAACAGGUGUUCGUGGAUGCUGCUCAUUCCCUUGGGUGUACUGAUGUUGACAUGCAGGAGAUUGGUGCUGAUUACUAUACUAGUAAUUUGCAUAAGUGGUUUUUUUGUCCGCCUUCGGUUGCGUUUCUGUACUCUAAGAAAAACCAUAACACUGGUGGUGCUGGUGAUUUGCAUCAUCCUGUGGUGUCUCAUGAGUAUGGAAAUGGGCUGGCUGUGGAAAGUUCUUGGAUUGGGACUAGGGAUUAUAGUUCUCAGUUGGUGGUUCCUGAUAUUAUAGAGUUUGUGAAUAGGUUUGAAGGUGGCAUUGAAGGGAUUAAGAAGAGGAAUCAUGAAGCUGUUGUUGAGAUGGGAGAGAUGCUGGCUAAGGCUUGGGGAACUCAUCUUGGGAGUCCUCCUUAUAUGUGUGGUAGCAUGGUUAUGGUUGGUCUGCCUACAUGUUUGGGGAUUCAUAGUGAUUCCGAUGCUCUGAAGUUAAGGACACAUUUCAGGGAUGUUUUUGCAGUUGAAGUUCCUAUAUACUAUAGACCACCAAGAGAUGGAGAAGUGGAGCCUGUGACAGGGUAUGCUCGGAUUUCUCAUCAUGUUUACAACAAAGUCGAGGAUUAUUACAAGUUUAGGGAUGCUGUUAACCAACUCGUGGAGAAUGGAUUUGCUUGUACUCGUCUUUCCAACUGAAUAGGUUAGAAGUGUAGCGUAAGUGUGUCUUAGAAGUGUGUCUUUCUGAUGAAUAAAAGCAAUGGAUGUUGUAAUUGCUGCUAGCUUUCUUGCAAGCUUUGGUAGUUGUGAUGGUUUCGGUGGUCGGUUCGGUACCAUAGACUGCAUGUUUUGCAGGUAAACUUCAGCAAUCAUCCAUGUUAGAUUUGCUGAGUAGAAAUCCUUAGGGAGUGAGCAACUUAAAUAGUGAGAUCUAGGGAGUGAGCAACUUAAAUAGUGAGAUCUAGGGAGUGAGCAACUUCAAUGGUGAGAUCUAGGGAGUGAACAAUAUCAUUGUAAAUGUAAUGUGAUUCUCUCAUGGUGUAAUGAUUUUCACUGUCAUUUGAAGUUGCCAAUUGCUUCUUCAGGUUUAAUUAAUAUCAAGUUCUACUAGUAUAUUUGAAGUUUGCCA